AUGACCGCUCUGCCUGAAAAGCAGUCGCUUUUGCAAGACAUGGAUGAUCCCUUCACCCACGAAAACCGCUCAGUAGACUUGCUUCUACAGCAGAUCGAUCCAGAGGGACUCAACGCAGAAAUCGACACCUCCUUUUCCGCCACGGCGUCUCCAACAAAACCACUCAAUUUCCCGCAAAUGGGAUCGAGACCUGGCCCAGACAUCGACAGCUUGGAAAUGGCCCGCAAAGAGUUCAACUCAAGCUCAGAUACCUACGUGAGCGAACAUAGCGACCGAAUCGACAACAACAAUCACAGCGACAACCAGAAUAAUCUUCACAUCGACUCCUUCGACCGCAACUUUGCCACCGAGGCCAACCUCAACAAAACCAUCAGCUUGAACCUCGACCAGAUGGCCAGCCACUUGACGUUACAUGAUGAAAGAGCUCCUUCUCCUUCAAGAUCGGCUAUGAAGUCUCCUACAAACCCCAGCUCUCCCAGAAAAAGCGUGGCGUUCCCAGAUGCCGAUUUGGAGGUGCAUCACCACUACGCAAUAGAGAACGAGCUGAGCUCGAGAAUCGAAGAAGAAGAGGUCCCCUACCAGCCCAUGAAUCACGCGUGGUCUGGUGUUCCGAAAUCACACUCACAGCAAGCUUCCGAAAAGCUGGUGCUGACUUCACCACCACAACCUCCUCCUCACAAAUCAGACACUAUUUCCAGUCUCCUAGGCAAUUCCGAAAAGUCAGCAGACGUGGACCGUAAUGUCCUAUCGCAGUACCGUGUCAACCAGAAAAACUUUAGCAGAAUGUCCCUCCACGAAAAAUUGGACCUCUACUUAGGCCAGAAGCACCAAGACGACUUGGACAUCCAUAUGGACCGCUUGGACAGGUUGCACCAGGCAGAAACCAACGAAACAAACCAAAACAUCCGCAGUCUCUCGCAUCACAUCGAGUUGAACCACCCCCAGGUCGAGAAUCCGCUCAGCAUGCUUUCAAACUCGAAGGAAGUGCAUUUGCGCUCCGCCGGCUCUUCGCAGUCUUCCCUCCCGUCCUUGGUCGACCUGAACCGAUAUUUGUCUGGUAGUCCUGUGAAGAGCCACAGUCCUGGAUUGGCGCUCAAUGACGGUAUCAAAGGUUUCCCCGACCACAUGGCCGAUGCCUUAUUUCCACAGACAAACGAAGCUCACCACUCCGAUGACUCUGGUGUGAUCACUUUUGGUGUUCGCCAGCCAGCAAGUCACGAGGAACUGCUGGGUAUUUCAGACAACAAUGAGGAAUCCGUGGAGCACUCUUUCAAUUCGACGAAGCAAUCCAUCAUGGACCUUCUCAACUCAGCGUCCAAUCAUGAACUUGAAGCAAGGAGAUCCAGUGACGAGCUUGAACAAGGCAACGAAAAGGGAGUGGCCUUUGAAGAAGCAACGAAUAAUAAAGACGAAAAAGUGAUCAGGAUGGAGGGACACCAACGAGAAGAUCUCCUGCGAGAGCAAUUUCAGCAUGAGGAAGGUAGAUACCUGAAUCAUCAGGAAGAAUAUCAUCACCACGAGAUUCAACAGGAAUCUGUGUCAGAUGUCUCUGUCAAAAAUGAAGAGAUGUCCUUCGUUAAGCCAGAGGAGACAUCCGAUAUAAAGCAGGAGCAGUAUUCAUUUGUCAAGCAAGAACAGAAUUCUUUUCUUGGUCAAGAAGAGAAUGAGCCGGCAGCCCUUGGUCUGCCUAUCAAGGAAGAAGAACAAGAAAGCUCACCUUAUCCCGAUGCGGACGAUAAAAUGGCAGGUCCAUAUAUCAAACAGGAGGAUCACACUGUGGAAUUUGCUGAACCUCCUCAAAUGUUUCUCUACCCCGUGAAGGAAGAGACAGAGACCACCCUCAGUGCUCCCCCCACAUCUAAUCAAAGCGAGGAUGCAUUCGUAGUGCCUAUCAAGGAGGAUGCAGAACAAGAUAAGAAGCCAUCGCCACAAAGCGUUUAUGAAGAAGCACAACAAGUAGGGAAGGGUUUUUCAAAGGAUGAUCUCGAUAAUGAUACAGGUUCGUUUUGCGAGCAACGUUCUCCAAGCCUGUGGGAUGAAUUUUCGAAAGCAUUGAAGCUACGAAACUCAGCAGAGGAUCUUUCUGAACCUAAUGAAGUCGAUGACGAUGCACCAAAUGCUCGCAAUUACGAUAGAACGGCGUCUUUGCUUGAAUCAAAGGAUCUCAGCAGACUUACAAUUGAGCAUCUGGACAACACAGCUCCACAGGUUGGUAUUGCUGAGAGAGGAGUCAAGGCGCAACCACAUCAGGUCAAGCUAGUGAAAUCACCAAUAAACUCGUUGUCUAAUACUCCGAUUAUAUCUCCACUUGAAGGCAAAUUUAGAGACGAUUUCAAGGACUCGGGCGUUGAUGGUGACGAUGACGACUCCGAGGAAAUGCAAGAGAAAUUAGCCACGACACAUCAUACUCCACGGAACUCAGACGCGAUUUUCCAAAAUGAAUCAGGCGCAUCAUCAGUGGACAACUUCGAAGACUCGUCGGAAGUCCCUCUCGGUAAAACUCUCGCCCCACCUAAAGUCAACCAAGUUGUUGAUGCUACGAAGCCCCCCGCCAAACCUGAAUCAGACGCUGAAUCGAAAUCGAGCGAAAAGGAAGCAAUUGAUGCUGAUAAAGAUUCGAGUGCGCUUGCGAAUUCUUCCAACGUCAAUCCGCCGAAUGACAUAAGACUUCCAGAAGUGGAGACAAAUAAUGCUUCGUUCGCAGACUUCACCGCCAAGCUAAGAGUAUCAUCUGGAAAUUCGGCAAAUUCGAUGUCGUACGAGGAGCUUCUAUCAGCCGAACAUGACAAGGAGAAGGCAGCCCUCGAUUUCUUAUCUAUUUGGCAUUCUCAGCGCAAACAACGUCAGAGUCAAAACUCAGCAUCGCAGUCUAAUGUCUACGAUGUACCAUCUGUGCUGAACUAUAACACUGCUGACUUGUCUCAAUACGAGAGGUACAGAAUUCCCUCUAGCUUACAGCCUAGAAAAUUUAAGGAAAUUAACCUCGUCUCAAAGCGGAUCGUUAGCCCAGAUCAUGUUGAUUUAAAUGUCAGUGGAUUCUUGCCUGAAAUUUCUCAAAUGUCUGGCUUUGAAGAUCACUUGAAUGAUUUCAUCAAACCUGAGGACGAGACUUCGAUUAGAUCCAUGAGCCGUACCAAUCUGAAGAGAAAUGUUAGUGGAGGUUUGCAAGGUGCCAGAAGAGUCUCGUCGAGAUAUAACUCCUUGAGACCAGUAAGAGUCUACAGCAGGGAGAUUGUCCCCUCUCUGUUCGUCAAUUCUGAAGGAGGUCCUAAGCGUUCCAGAUUCCAUGUGCCAUCGUUUGAGAUCAAGAGAUCCAACUCAAUCUUGUCGCCUAAGAAUCAGUACAACGACAUUUUUGAAGACACCCAGCCAACAAUCAGGGCAAGCGGAAUGAAAACACUUCCAAGCAUGGAUAGAGAUGAUGUGAAGCGGAUUAUGCAAUUAAAGAAGUCCAUGAGCCAGGAAGAGUAUUCAAAUUUAAAAUUUGGCGGUGCAAGUCAGAAAAUUGUUCAGGGACAAGCGGGCAACUUCGAACAUGUUCAGCAAAAGGCUUCUAUUUACUCUUCAAUGUUAUCGUCCAUCCCAACUCAUACUGAAGAGAGGACCACGCUUGAUCACGUUUCAAAUGAACUUUCUGCCAAACCUAUUGCCCUCGAAAGCCAUGAGGCGUUCGUACGCGAGGCUGAUCAGGAUGACAUGCCAAGUUCUAAUCGCCAAGUUGCUCCCAAGAGUAGUGAGCAGUCGUUUCUUCCAGAUCCAGAACCGGAGUAUGUUGGGUUCCCAAGCGAAAACAUUGAUGAAAAGGAGAGUCACGCAAACGUCACCCCCUUGGCGGAAAGCGAUAGCAAUAGGCUCAAUGUUAUUCCUGGAGCUUACGAUAUUUCUGACGCUUCUAGGACUCCCAAGAAGGAAAACAUGAACACCUCCCCUGUCAAAGUGGUAAUAGCACCAUACAAAGAGGACCAGCCAAGAUCUCCAAUCAAGGUCAAUAGCUCGCCUAUCAAGCUUGUCAGGCAAGGCUCGUCGAUCACAGGGAUCAAGCUUGAAGAUAAAUUCAAUGGAAACGCUUCCUUCGAUGGGACGCAAAUCGUAAACAAUAAAAUCAGGGAAAAUAAGGGCCAUCACUUCGCUCUAAGCACGGUUUCCGUGCCGACACUCAACGCUGAUGUUGAGUCUGAGCAAAGAUCAACGGGACCAGAGAUACUUGACGAUUCUAAAGUUCACUCAGGGACUGCUUCUGCUGCCAGGAGCAGGGAGCCUUCUGCGGUGCAAGAAAUUCCAAAAGAACGUGGAAAGCUAUUCUUACGUGUUACAGGUAUCAAGAACAUUAAUCUUCCUGACAUACAAGAAAGAAAUGGUAGGUUCAAUAUUACCUUAGACAAUGGUGUGCAUUGCAUCAAGACUCCAAACUACAAGAUGCACAAGUCGGCUGUCUAUGUUGGCAAAGAGUUUGAGUUGACAGUCGGGGAGUCAUUGGAAUUUAUUUUGACAAUGAAGGCAAUCUUCGAGAAGCCCAGAGAAACGAUGAAGGAAAUCAAAGAGAGACGUGUGGUUAAAUCCAAAAACAAGAUCGGCAGAAUGUUUGGAUCGAAGGAUAUCAUUACCACCACAAAAUUUGUGCCACAGAAAGUGGAAGACUCGUGGAGUCACAUUGUUGCGAAUGAUGGCUCUUUCGCAAGAUGCUAUGUUGAUUUAGAUCAGUACGUUGACCAAAUAACUGGCACCGCUGCUAAUUUCAACCUCAACUGCUUCAAUGAGUGGGCAACUAAGAGCGGCAGUGGUGCGAGAUGUGAGCCAUACACAAUUGCUCAGCUCGAAGUCAAGAUGCUAUUCGUUCCAAGAACUGAGCCUUAUGAGAUUUUGCCCACAAGUAUUAAAUCUGCCUACGAGAGUCUUGACGACUUGCGUGCUGAAAAGGACUUGAAGCUUGAAGGGUACUUACAUCAGGAAGGUGGAGAUUGCGAGACGUGGAAGAAGCGGUUCUUCAAACUUUCCGGUACCAAUUUGAUUGCCCACUCUGAGUUCUCCCACAAGACCAGAGCUAAAAUCAACUUAGCGAAGGUCGUCGAGGUAAUCUACGUUGACAAAGAGAACAUGAAUCGGUCUUCAUCGAACUAUAGAAACUUCAGUGAUAUUUUACUCGUCGAGAAUGCCUUCAAGAUACGUUUUGCCAAUGGGGAGAUAAUUGACUUUGGCGCCCCUAACAAGGAGGAAAAAAUUAAGUGGAUUUCGACCAUCCAAGACAUUGUUUACAGAAAUAAGUUCCGCAGACAACCAUGGGUAAAAAUCAUGCAAAAAAACAACGUGGGAAAACCACGGCCUCGGUCGAUUAUGUCAUUUGCGAGUGAUUUGAGGAACUAG